CUGUGUGAGGCGGCUGAUAGGAAAUGUGAAAAUAGCCAACCACAGUGCAACAUAACAUGCAGACUUCACUCACACACUGCAUUAACAAAUGAUUGCACGGCUUUAUCAAGCAGCAGGCAUCAGAGGGAUGUCAUUUUGAAUUCAGCAGAUGAAUGGAUAACAAUGGAUUCCAAUCAGACAAUGAGUACCAUAUCUUUAGCCACAUUUUCAAUAAUGGUCGUGUUGUCCAUCCUGUGGUGUUUUAUUUUUUUAUUGAUAUUCAGUAUCUGCUUGUUUUUGUUGAAAAUCCCGCAGAACAAAACACAAAAAUCACAGAUAAAAACUCCGGAAGAUGAGGUCACAGAUGCAGAUGUUUCUUUAAAUGAGCUCUGUCUUUAUUUUCAGGUCUCUGAAACGAGGAAGAAACGAGAAAAAAAUAAAAGUUACAAAGAGAGGGUGAACUCAGUGUACUAUGAGUGGUUUAUGGAUCACUCACCACUGAGGAAUCCAAGAAAUGCAGAUCGUACAGCACAAUACUAAUUGUAAACUAAUGAAAUACUCUUUUAAAAGAGAGAGAGAGUUUUGUUUUUGUUGCAGUAAUGAGAAAUGUAUUAACGGUGAGUUAUAACUGCAAACACCAUUUGUUUUCAUUGAUCAUGAUCAUCUAUAAGAGGACGCUGUUGCACUUAAUCACUACUGAGGUGAAAUUCAUAAAUAACAAAAUAUUAAGAGACCGUUGAAGACUCAUUAAGAUGACCGUGUCAUUCAUAACCUGUAGGAUUUUUUAAUGUCCAUCCAGUGGAAGUCAAUAGUAAGCAAAACUUCUGGUAACCAAAAAUUCUUAAAAAGCCUUUUUUUUUUUCUCAACAACAUUGGGUUGAGUAAGGAGUAAGGUGGCAAGGCUCCGGGCCCUGAUGGUUUUUUCCGGACUCCGGAGUUAAAAAAUAUAUAUAUUUUAGAACCUCUAACAGGCGUGGACAUUGAUUAAUUUAAAAAGGGGUGUUUACAGUCUAUAUAUUUCAUUGAUCCAGAAAAAAACUAACCGUCAGGUGAAUGCAGUUCUUACAGGCCUAUAAGAUUGUUAAAUGUGGAUUGUAAGCUGCUAUCCAAACUGUUAGCAAGAACACUUGAAUCUCUCCUCCCUCAACUAAUAAACCUGGACCAGACAGGUUUUAUUUAACAAAUGUUCUCAUAUGUCAGGAGACUUUUGUAAAAAGAAGACAAAAGUUGUGACAUUUGCCAAGUGUGGUAACCCAUACUCAGGAUUGGUGCUCCACCCAAGUGCACACACAGCAGUGAGUAGGCAAAGAACACACACACACACACACACGGAGCGGUACGCUCCAGCAGCCUGUUAGCAACUGGGGGUUCAGUGCCUUGCUCAAGGGCACUUCAGUCAUGGGUAUUGAGGGUGGAAGAGCACUGUUCAUUAACUCCACCCACAACUCCUGCCGGCACUGAGACUUGAGCCUGCGACCUUCAGAUUACAAGUCUGAUUCCCUAACCAUUAGGCCAGAGCUGCCCCUGCCCCUUAAACAUAAUACAGUGUUCACAGAUAUCCAAAACUCAACUGCUUGCUGUUUCCUUAGAUGCAGAACAGGAGUUUGACCGUGUGGAGUGGGUGUAUAUGUUUGAAGUGCUUGGCAAGUUUAAUUUAGCUACAGACUUUAUUAUUUGCAUUCAGACUCUAUACUGUGCACCAACUGCUUGUGUUAUUAUCAAUGGCCUUCUCUUUCUUCCUUUGCCACUGGGGCGAGGUAGAAGGCAAAGUUGCCCUCUGUCUCCUCUCCUUUUUACCUUAAUUCUGGAAGCCCUUGCAGAGAUCUCACACUGAUAUCCAGGAGGUUGAGAUUGGUUAGUAGAUUUAAUCUCAUUAAAAUGAACAUCCUUCCCAGAAUAUUAUAUCCCAUGCAAAUGUUACCACUCUGGUUCCCUAAAAAGAAUAUCUCAGAGUUGGAAAGAAGUUUUUCAAAAUUGAUCUGGCAAGGGAAAAGCCUUACAAAAGGUCUUACAACUGUCAGUAUAUAGUGGUGGAAAGGCAUUACCUAAUUUAAAGUUGUACAAUUGGGCUCAAUUUUGAAUUAGUCGCAUUCAUAUUUAAAAUCCCAGCCCUGUGUUGAAGAGUGGGCGGUGAUGCCAUACUCGUUAAGUCUGCUUACAAAUAAUAAGGGCCUUAAGUUAUGGCCUGAAAUUAAGAACAACCUUAUCAUUUUCAACACAGUUGAAGUUUGGCAGGACAUCAUGAAAUGCGCAGGAAGAAAGGGCUUUUUCUCAGGUCUGACACCUUUGAUUGGCAACAGAGAUUUUCUCCCUGGUGUUCAAAAAUCCUUAUUCCAUAGAUGGUAUGGAAAGAGUAUAAGAGUGGCUGGUGAUUUAUUAGCUUACCUUCUCUUUUAUUCAAUUGAUCAAAGUGGUAUUGAUCAUAUUUGGCAUACUUGGGCGAAAGAAUUCUGUACUGAGCAUAUCGAUGACGCCUGGGUAGAUUUGGUUAAAUCUAUUAGAAGUAUAUUUAUGUGCAAUAGACUGGUGAUUAUUACCCCACAAAUUCUGAAUAAGAUAAAUAGUAAUCACUUUCCAUUAUGCAAUAAACUGCAAAGUGAAAAUGGAACUUUCAUGCAUUGUUUUUGGCAUUGUCCAGUCAUCACAAAGUUUUGGGAGGGGGUGACAUGGAAGAGGGAAUAUUUUUCAAAUCAACUUGACCAAGGACCCUGGAUUUUUUAUUUAUUUAUUUUGCUUUGCUUGCCCAUCACUUUCCCUUUGGUAUGGAGCGAUCUUCAGAAUAUUGCACUGCAGUGGUUAGGGGAGACGAGGCCAUGCUUGAAGAGAUGUGGGGCCUGUUAUCAAACAUCUUCCAACCAGUUUACAAGAGAUGAUAUUUAAAGGAAGAUUUGUAUUCAUUUUCCUGAAUAACUGCUUUACUUAUACUAUAUGAGUAUAUUGUAUUUUCUGUUUUUAAUUAUUUAAUUAAUUAUUCUUCUGAUUUGAUUAUUGUACCGUAAUAUUGUUUAUCCCUUUGUAUUACUGAAUUAUUGUGUUGUUGUCUUUUUAUACUAAUAUAUACAUUUCACCCAAAAAUAUUAGACCUACUGAAAAUAGGUUUUUAAAUAUAAUCCUAAUUCUAAUCCUGGAUUUUAAAUGUGACCUUGCAUAUAUUGAUGUUUGUUCAUUACCUUUAAUGUAAGAUAAAUUUACUCACAUGUAUACGCAAAUUAUGUUUUAUUCCAUGUAAUGCUUAUCAUUUAACCUGUUUCAUAAGAAUUUGAAGGGGUUGGAAAUUGUAUUCAUGCCAAUAAAGUUUUAUUGACUAUUGAAUUUGUACCGAAUUUCUAUGGAAUCUAUGGAGUCUAUGGAAUCCCCAUUUAAAUAGCUAAGUGUGUGUGUGUGUGUGUGUGUGUGUGUGUUUGGAGGUGGGGGUGUGGGGGAGGGUGAAUCACUGGUCUCUCUCCACAACUCUGUAAUGUUGUCCUUUAGUUCUCACUCUGUCCGUGCAGCAGCUCCUCUCAUCUCUUUCUCCUCUCAUCUCCUGAUGAUGAUUAUUAGGACACUUUCUCUAUUCAUUAUCCUCUCUGCUGUCUGCUGUUAUGCAGAGGAGGUGAAGAGUAAAAGUAAAGUUUGUGCCAAUGUUUUCUGUGGAGCUGGGAGAGAAUGUGCUGUGACAGACAAAGGAGAACCAACCUGUCUGUGUAUCGAGCAAUGCAAACCCCAUAAGCGUCCAAUUUGUGGCAGUAAUGGGAAGACGUACCGUAAUCACUGUGAGCUGCAUCGUGAUGCCUGUCUCACUGGACUCAAAGUGCAGGUCGCCCAUGAUGGACAUUGUGAAGAGAAAAAAACUGAAAAAAUCACCAACAGCCCAAUUGUUUGCUACCUUACGGACCGUAAUGAGUUGAGGAGGCAUGUGAUUGAAUGGCUGCAGUCUGAGGUGGAGCCUGACGGCUGGUUUUCUAAAGGAUCCAAUUUCUCAGAUGUCCUACUCAAAUACUUCCAGAACUAUGAUAAUGGAGACGCUCAGCUGGAUUCAACAGAAUUCCUGAAGUUCAUUCAGCAUAAUGAGACUGCAAUAAAUGUCACAUCACCUUAUGCUGAGGAAGAGAACAACCGCCUACUCAGGAGUCUGUGUGUAGAUGCCCUCAUUGAGCUGACUGAUGAGAAUGCUGACUGGAAACUGAGCUUUGAUGAGUUCCUCAACUGCCUCAGGCCUGGAUUCAACCCUCCAGAGAGGAAGUGUGCCUUAGAGGACGAGACGUACGAGGAUGGUGCUGAGACUCAGAAGGAAUGUAACCGCUGUGUUUGUGCCUGCGGGAACUGGGUCUGCACUGCUCUUAUAUGUGAUGGUUUAAAUCAGUUACAUGAGCUUGAGGAAAUGGAGGGAAAUGAUCAGGAGAUGACAGAGGAGGAGUGGACUCGGCGAGUGGCCGAACUCAAUAAACAUCAGGAAACUAUGGAGAAGAUGAAAGGGGCCACUAAAGAGAUCUGAGAAAGGAGCGAUGAACUUUUGCCCAGAUUUCAGCUUUCAGUCAGUCAUGAAAGCUUAAUUUGUUUCGUUUAUUAUAAUAAUUAUCGACGUAUUCAGAGGUGUGUUCUCUUCUGUUAUUUGAUAUAAUAUUUUUAAAAAAAUUAUUUGAAUGUGAUAAUAAAAGAGUCUGUAUGAUUUGUACCUGUAGUGUAAAUUACCGCAAACCUUUUUGUAAUUGUACUUUUUAUGGAUUCAGUGUCAUUCUAAAGCUUCUAUAAGGCAGGGUGUUAAUUUUUCACCUUAAAGUUAACAGAAAAUAUGAAAUUAUAUUUUGUAUAGCAACACUAUUUUUACAUAGCGAAAUAAUUGUAAUUUUUAUCACAAUUUUGAUUAUUGUAAUAUGACAUCUCAUGUACAGUGUUGAAUUUACAUUGCCUUUCGAAAAGUGGGGUUUGGAUAAUGUCAAUAGGAAUCAAUAUUACUUUGUGAUGACUUUGCAUUAAUAAAUUCAGAACAUACAAA